UGAGUCUGCGCAGUGAUUGGUCGGAUAACUUCCUGUGUAUUUUUUGUUUUCUUGUCCUGUCAAACGAAAUAAGUGUUUUUUUCAUCAAAAUACGUUCGUCUAACAUCAGGUGGUGUGUUCAUGGAGAUGAAGUAUAACAGUACCAAUGUCCAAAGAUUCUGCUGAACGAUGGUUUUAUGGAAUAGGAUAAUACUGUCACCCUGUGUCCUGUUUUGGUGGUAGCGAUCUACGUUAAGACGUGUGGUGCGCGAGAAAAGAAUACAUCCUUCAAAAGAGAAUGGCAGAUUCAACCUCGCCAACAGGCGAGAAACCUGCCGAGUUCGAAGAAUACUGGAACGAGGUUAAAGAUAUUGAGGAGAAUAAAGAGCCAGAUGAUUCGACAGAUGAGGAUACGAGUUUGAAGACGCCAGAUGAGGGUGAAAUAGAAACAAAAUGGCUGAACGACGCUGGCUAUGGCCACCUGGUGCAAACUUUAGAAACUGACGGCGACGAACCGGACGGAGACGUCGAUGAGUUGAUAAAUUUGGAAACCUCGUCCCUAACGAGAACCCAGGCAGCGGCGGUCAAACGGCGGGUGAACACGCUUCAUCAGACCAUGAAGAAGAAACGAAAGGACAUCAGGAAUGUUUUUGAUACACCAGUCACAGAGGAUGAUGCUGCCCCGACGACCCACAAACCGACGAGGGUUAACACGACAGGCGGCGGGAAGCAUGCGCGGCACCAGAGCGGGAAGAAAAGCGACGUCCAAAUAGGCAAGAACAAAGACCAUCAGUAUAAUCUCGGUGAUACCAUCGCUGACGAUGCCACUGCAGGUAUCGAAAUGAUCAGUAUUCAUUCGACGUCAAGUGGCCGUGUCAUGGCCAAGAACAACAAAGAGAGGCCUCCGCUCAACAUGCCGACUAUCUCUGACGCUGAUGUCACUUUCGACUUCAAAUCUGAAUCAGAAAAGCGUGCUGGAGGAACGUCACCAUCGGCACCGACUCAACCAAAGGAAAUACCCAGUGCCAACAAGGUUGACGAAACAGAUGACUUGCCAAAUUUUAUACUAGUGAAGGAUAAACUUGGAACUACUCAUAUCGGUGACUUAAGUGCCGAAGACCUUGAUAGGGUGCGCUCCCUAGCUCUCAUAGAGCUGACGGCACUCUUUGACAGCCACAGUAUUAUGUAUAGCUGCAGAAAGCCAAAGAAAAAAUUCAAAGAAACUGGCCAGUUUGGCGUCCCUUUGAAUUUCUUAAUGGAGAAUGACCGAAAACGUGACCCUAAGUGUAAAGUACCUAUACUCUUUGGCGAGAUAAUAGAAUACCUCGAUAAAAAUUGUCUGAAGGAGGAGGGCAUCUUACGAAUACCCGGAUCGGCCUCGAGGAUCAAAAAUGUUCGUCAACAAAUCGAGGAUAACUUUGCUAAUGGAGGUUUUUCAUGGGACGAUGUGCAUUCAAACGAUGUUGCUGCCCUACUUAAACAAUUCCUCAGGGAUCUACCGCACCCAUUGCUCACUUAUGAAUAUGUUGAGGCCUUUGCUGGUGUUGAACAAAUACCCGACAAAAAGCAACAGCUACAGGCUCUGAAUCUGUUAGUCGCAUUACUACCUGAACACAACAGGAACUCUUUAAAGUUAUUACUACGAUUCUUAAAACGCGUUGUGGACCACCACCACCUCAACAAAAUGACAAUUGCCAACUGUGCCAUGAUAAUUGCCCCGAAUCUAUUCUUAAUCAAUCAGGCCGUCAGUACCGCUCAAACGAAAAAGGUGAAUUUCGAAAUAUCGAUGGCGGCGGGAACGUCCAACAUCAUCAAAAUGAUGAUUAAGUAUCAAGACAUUUUAUGGACUAUUCCGUCGUUUUUGUUGCAACAAAUACGUCAUCAGUAUGAGUCAGAGCAGAUGAGGAAGUAUAAAGACAAAUCGCUCAUGAAACUUCUUAAAAAGGACAAGUCUGACGUUUACAAAAAGCCGUCUAUGGUUCACGAGUCAGCACCAUUGUUCACUCCAUGGGUGUACCCAAGUGAUUUCCAGGAGGGCUUGAUCAACGUCCAAGCACCGGGACUAAGCAAGGCUGCCACUGCGAUCCAGUUAGACGAGAACAUGACAGCCGGCGACAUUGUUGCCAAAUUCAAACCUCGAGGUUCAAAGUCUGGUGAAAGUGGUAAUGUUAGUCGGAGCCUCCCAUUUGGUUGUAUCAACCUAAAGGAUGUCUCCUUCGCUGAGGAGAAUGCCUAUCUUUUUGAGAUAGGUGGCAAUAUAGGGGAACGCUGCUUAGACCCAAACUCAAAUAUGUUGACAAUAUUCAAGACAAACCCCAACGCAGAGUGGGUCAUUCGAAAUGUUGAGCAACUACUGUAGCUUGGACAAUGAGAUGUCAGGAAUCUUCUAUACCAAGACCGAACAGGGAUCAUUCAAGCUGACGAUUACUCGAACCAAUUUGGAUCAGCCUGUGAGGAUUCCGUAAAAAUGUGACUCUGGCGAAACGUGUAGAUUAGGGCUUUUAUGCAAUUGUCAACAUUUUAUGAUACACAGACUACGGUUUGGCUCUCAGUUCAGCAGCUAUUGAGAGAGCAGUGUAUUUACCACCUUCCUGAGGCUAACCCAAUUACUGUCAUUGCCAAAUUUUCGCGGGUGAUUUAUUUUCCAGAAAAUAACCCAGAUUCGUGAAAAAGAUGAACAAAAUCUUUAAGUGGAAUUUUGAAAAAAUAGUGAAAAAAGUGAUUUUUUUCAGCAUUCUUUUUUUGCAGAGGCAUGACUUUUUUUUAAACAUUUUUUUGCAAAUCGUGAAAAUACAGAGGCAUGAAAUUAAUUUUUUUUCAGAUUUUUUGGCAAAUCAUGAAUUUUUUUGGCAAGUCAUCAAAAUUAAUUGGGUUUUGUUUCUCAUCCCUGUUGCCAAUAUACUUCUGAUGAUGGGCACCACGUGGCACUUCUUGGUGAUAACCAAUCAUACACAUGUUCAGAGAGCCACUAAGGGAAUGCGUGAAAAUUUGUUGUGAAUUUUAUUGCAUUUAAUUUAUGGACUAAAAGAUUGUAAAAAUGUGCUUUCUGUUGCAGUGGACUAACACGACAAGUGAAUAUGACAAACUUGCCAGCAUUUUGCUCUCUGUAUCACUGAUCUUUGACCCCAUGACCUUAGUUUGACCUUGGUGAGUCAAGGUCAAAUUGAAACGAGGUCAAGGUUGAGGUCACAUGAAAGGUGUAUUAUACUAUGUUGUUUGUUUUAAACCUAAAAUUGGUUUCCACCUUACUAAAAGGUAGAAUGCGACACAGUAUUAAAUUUUUGGUGUUGAAAUGUAUUAAUGUGCAUCUUGAUUCAAAUUAUUCCAGGAUUGUUGUAAAUUUCACCUUGGUUAUGAAAAGUUUGUAAAAAGGUGAAACGUGUUGAGUGGAGAAUGGCUGAAACUUCAUGCUGGGCCUUGGAGUUUUACUACAUACAACCUUAAAGUAUUACGAUACCACACUUCCCAACCUUUUUUGCUGGAAGAUUCCAUGAUGGAAUUCAAGGGGUUGUAGCUAGGUGUCCAUUGGGAGAGCUGUGAUUGGAGUAAACCAUUUUGUCACAUGGGGGUGCAAGGUCACUUUCAAGACAAACACCCAGGCUUUUUGAGUGUAUAAUGUAAUGAAGUGUGCUUUAUAUUUUGUCUGUAAUGUCUACUUUGAUGACAGCCUACCAUCCCUAAUGUAAAUGGAAUGUCUAUUUUCUCAAGUACUAACUUGGUAGAGUUAAAGGAGUCGUGGGAUGAUGACAUCGAUUGAAUCUUUAUUUUCCAUUUAUGAAUAUAUCUAUUUAUAUUUUAAAGAGAGUAUUUAUGUAUACACGUACUUAACAAGGUAUUAGGCCUAAUGUGAUGGCCUAUCAGUGAAGAAGCAGCAUCAUGUUAAUUGCUGUGUCUUCUUGAAUGAACCAGCCGAUAACCUGCACGUUUGCUGAUCGUAAGUUCACGGGUCUUUCUGUUGAUGGGUGAGUUUUUAAAUCUGCCACAAUACGGUGAAUAAGCUUGGCUAUAGCUCGAAGGGGGGGGGGGUUAUGAUGAAAGAAAGCCGAGAACAAAUGAUUUUGUUACAUUCCAUUUUAAAGGUUACAGUCGUUAAUAUCAGUUAAUGUCAGUUGCUUUGCACCUAUGUUGAUAGUUAAUGAUAAUCCCAUCCAUUUUGUAACUGGUGACCAUGGUUACCACACAACAAUCUGCUUAAUGGUGUUGUUUUUUAGAUGCCAUUUUAAAAUGGAUAAAUUCCCUCCUUAUUUGUUACCCUUCUCAGUAUUUGCUAAAUCAAUGAUGGCGUGAAAGGCUUAUGUGGAGAUGAGCCUUUACAGAAUGAAUUUUCUGUUGCAGCGGACUUGUGUUGCCUGUGUGCACUAUAUUUUGUAGAAGCUAGUGCCUUUUUUUCUACGAAAAUCUGCGUUAAAUGGCGUCGUUAAGUGCAUCAUCACUUCAGUCAAUUCUUUGUAGCCUUAUUUUCAACUAUCACAUUCCAAGCAUUUCAUAUUUCAAGUUAUUUUGCAAUAUUGAGUCUUUUGGCUCCCUCAGUCUCAGACGCAAGAUACAUUACUUUAUUAGCAUAGCUGUCCAUCGAAAAUGUUGUUGACAGUAUUCACAAAAUCGCGCUCUUGUAAAAACCAUUGAAAAGCUGGUGCCUGGCUUUAUAUGUAUAUCAAGAGAUACUGUGUCGACGUGAUUAAGCCAGCUGAGGUGUGCCUGUACAAAAAGCAUAUUAUACAUGUAAUAGGCCUUUAUGUAACAGACCCGCCUCAACCAGCUUAAUUAUGUCAAGACAGUACAUGUACAGGACUUUGUUGUAACAUCUAUGGAAAAUAUAUAAAAUCAAUGUCAUGUAAUUAAGUAAAUAUACAACACUGUAUUAAAAACCUAGACUAACAGAAACUGAAGGGAGAUUCUUAAAAGACUUUGUGAAAUCUGGACUGUUCAGUUCUGAAAUAGAUAGCAGAUUGACUGCAACUUCAGGGAGAAAUUAAUUUGAUAUUUGUGCUCAAGAAAAGUUGUUGAAAUGACCAAUGAAGACCCUGACAAGAAGAUUUAAGGGUGAUCUAGUGAUUUCUAUUUGGACACUGUUGAAUACGAUUUGAUCACAUAUUCCAUUUUGGCAAAUCGAAACACGAGCAGUGACAUCUUUUGACGUCAUAUUUUCUUUGCCCCAUCCAGUGCUGCUCUCUAUUUUGUUGAUAUUUCUGUUUGUUUCAUGCAAGUAUCAAUUCGUUUCUUGUACCCCCCUCCUCAAGGGUAGUUAAGCUAUCACCACUAAUCUUUGCCGAUGCUUGAGUAGUAUUUAUUUUUCCUUCAGUGAAAAUUUGGCGAAGCUGGAAAGAAUAAGGAUGCUAAUGUGUCGAUGUCUUGUCGAACAUACAGCCUUACGCAGUAAAAUUAGAUCGGUUAUGACGGUGAUAACUGAUAUAUUGUUGAUGGUGAUGUCUUGACGAAAGAAAAAGUAGCAUUGGUGAAAAAAGGGUGAUGCUUGAGCCUUAAGAUGUCGUUAUAGGGUGAUAAGGUGUCGUACCCUUGAGGAGGGGGGGUACAAGACACGAAUUGAUACUUGCAUCAAGGUUUUUGUUGCAAGAUUCACCAAUGGUUACAAUGUUACGAUAAUAGGGCUAUUAGACAAACACCGUAAUGUAAUAAUGUCAGUGAUUGUCAGAAAGCUACAAUAUGAAAUAAAAUCAAGUAAAAACGA